AUGGCCGAUGCAGGCUUUUUCCGAGGAACAAGUUCAGAUCAGGAUGGCAGGUUUUCAGACAAGGAAAAAAAGUUGCUCAAACAGAUGAAAUUCGAAGAUACAUUGGAACGGAAGAUCAAUAUGGACAAAAUCAACCUGGACGUCAUAAAGCCGUGGAUCACGAUGCGCAUCAACGAAAUUCUUGGAAUAGAAGACGACGUCGUAAUCGAAUAUAUCAUGAGCCAGUUGGAGGAGAAAACUAUAAACCCCAAAAUUAUGCAGAUUAAUAUAACCGGGUUUUUAAACGCGAGACGUGCUCGCGAGUUUAUGGGAGAAUUGUGGAUGCUUUUGAUCGAAGCGGACGAAUCCGAAGAUGGUAUCCCUCGUAGUCUUAUCGAGAAGAAAAUUAACGAAAUGAGAAAGGAGCCACGUCCUACUGGGAAUGGAGAAGCCAAAAUUGAACACACACCUCAGUCGGAUGACUGGGCAAAAAGGUACAGUUCAUUGUCAGGUGGUCGUUAUACUGGUCCGACAAAGGAGAAGGAAAUUAGUGAUGAUCGGAUUACAAGAAUAAGUCCUCGAGGUGGGACACCGCCACGUCAGCGAAAAAGAAGUGGCUCUCGCGAAGGCACACCACCAAGAAGGGUAAGUAUGGACUAG